AUGGCCCAACUCCCGCCAUUUCCCACAUUCGAUCUUCGCGCAGCCGACGACAAUAACAUCGGCCUUGAGUGGGCGAAAUGGGUUGAACGUUUUGAGAACUUUUUAAUAGCAUGCAACAUCACUGAGGCCCAGCGCAAGAAAGCCCUUCUUCUGCACUAUGUAGGCGAGGAAAUAUACGACCUCUUCCGAUCGCUCCCUGAAGCCUGCACGCAAACUGUGCCCAGUACAUCCAUCAGCACGACCACCCAGCAAACCACAGCGACUCAAGCAACACAGGAAACGUCAACCUCUGAAUACGAUGCAGCCAAAGCUAAGCUCGACGCCUACCUUGCGCCGCGAGUCAACCCAACAUUUGCUGUCUACCGGUUUCGUCAAGCGCAGCAAAAUGAUGGUGAGAGCCUCGAUGCAUUUUACGCGCGUCUUCGGGAACUAUCCCGUCAUUGCAACUUCUCAAAUGUUGAUAUAGAAAUUAAAAACCAACUCAUCCUCGCAACAACAUCGUCUCGCCUGCGCAAAUACGCGAUGCUCCACUCACUUGAUUUAUCGGACAUUCUCAAGCAAGGUCGACUAUUUGAAGAAAUUGAACGCGACGUUUCAGAAAUCGAAAGAAACACUGAAAGCGCUGCGCCCGUGAAUGCACUACACAAACAUUUGCAACAUGGCAAAAGAGCACCAACUCGAGAUAAGGAGGCACCUCAACACAACCGUGAUAGUUCGACAAUAUGUGGAAACUGCGGCGACAAGUGGCCACACGACGGCGGCAAACAAAACUGUCCAGCAUAG